UGUCCCGGAGCAGCCGGGCAGGCCUUAAAGGCGGGUGCGGUGCUGUCCGGCGGCUCUCCGCCCUCCCGAUGCCCGCCAAUCCCGCCGUGCUGCAGCCAGGAACGGAGGUGGUCGUGUGGAUGAACUUUGUUAGAUUUGUCCUUGCACGGCUGCGGAUCCUGGAAGUGUGAGUUGCUUUGUGAGCCUUCUGUGGAACAAAGCUGUGCUUGGAGAGAUGGAGCUCAGUAUGUUCAAAUCAAAUGCCAUUUUUUAUCUGGAGAGGAGGUGGCUGCCCCACAAGAUGGAAACUAUAUGAGGUGCAGUGUGUUUAUUUAUCAUGCUCUAUUACCAGGAUUAGGUAUGUUGCAAGAUUGCUACUCCUCAGGGCCAAAGGAAAAACCCUGUACAACAGCAGGUCCCUGGUUUUGUUUAGAAACAGCCAUGGAGACAGUUGUGUGCUUGUUGGCCAAAGACAGAACCAGCUGGAAGGGAUCCCUGUGUGACAGUGCCAGCACAUGAAUAGGGAUGAGCUGAAGAACAAAGGGUUUUUACCAUGUACUGAACUCUCAGGGAGCUCUUAAGAAACUCAGCACCCAGGCAGCACGCUUCUUGUCAGUAAGAGCAUAAGGGAAAGGGACAGGAUCCCAGCACACCCUUCCAGCUAGGAAAGAGCCCUACAAAGCCAUAAUUAAAGGAAAAACAGAGUUAUGAAAGAGAUUAAAGAUAUUACACAACCAAGCAACCAACUGCAGAACCACAGUAAGGCUGCCACCAGCCCAAAUUCAGGGCUGAUGAACCUUUGGAGGGGCUGAGUGAUGAAAAGAAUGGGAGAGGAGCAUCCCAUGGCAGGCUGAAGUCAUCAACGGGUGAAAACAAGACUCAAGUCACAGGAGUACAAGCAGAGCUGGUUGUUAGCCGUGUCUGAUGGAGGUUUUAUGGUGGAGAGAACUGAGAGAGACUCCAGGUGAUCCAGCACAACCCAUACCGGGACAGCCGAGGGGGCAGAACUUCUGCCCAUGAGGCAGUAAAGUAAUACCGUGGGUCAUUGUAUUACACCGUUGCCUUAUUAUUAUCAUGAUUAUGAAGUUCACUGCACCCUAACUCUGGUGGGUGACGCCGCACCCAUCCAUCCCUUCAUCCAGCAAGUCGCAAAACCCGAGGCACCGGCACCACCUUCCCGGAGCCCGGGGUCCCUCAUGCCCCCCAGGAGCUCACAGAUGGAACCCCAGGCACUCCCCAGCCGAACCACCCUCCGCCCCUUGCACCCAUCUCUCCCCGCAGCCUCCGCCCUCCCCGGGGCCGGGCCAGGCCUUGGAGGGGCGGUUCGGUUCCGUUUGGCGCCAAGCGCCCGUCAUGGAGCCGGAGAGGCUGAGGCGGCGCCUGAGCUCCGCGUUCCGGCUGCGCGGGCUCCUGCUGCGGGCGGAUGCUCUGAAGUAUCUUACUGAAGCUCUUCAGUCCAUCAGUGAAGUAGAACUUGACAAUGUAAUUGAAAAUGUCAUCGAUGCUGUUGAAAAACAACCUUUGUCAUCUAAUAUGAUUGAACAAUCCACAGUGGAAGCAGCUGUUCAAGAGUGCAGCCAGGCAUCAGAUGAAACCAUAGAGAAUGUUUUCAACAUUAUUGGAGCCUUUGAUAUUCCACGUUAUAUUUAUAAUUCAGAAAGAAAGAAGUUUCUACCCCUGUCAAUGACCAACUUGCCAGCACCAAAUUUAUUUGGAACUGCCAGAGAUAAAGCAGAGUUGUUUCGUGAACGUUACUCCAUCUUACAACAGAGGACUCACAGGCAUGAGCUGUUUACACCUUCAGCAGUCGUUGUUCAUCCUGAUGACAGUAGGAGCAAAUUCCAGCUUAAAACAGUAGAAAGUCUAUUGGGUAACACAGCCAAAGUGGGAGAAGUGAUUGUGCUGGGGAUGAUCACACAGCUCAAGGAGGGCAAGUUUUUCCUGGAAGACCCUACAGGAGUUGUCCAGCUAGACCUCAGUAAAGCCCAGUUCCACAGUGGUUUAUAUACUGAAUCAUCCUUUGUUUUGGCAGAAGGUUGGUAUGAAGAUGAAGUUUUUCAUGUGAACGCUUUUGGAUUCCCUCCUACUGAGCCUUCUGCUACCACUAGAGCCUUCUAUGGGAAUGUAAACUUCUUUGGAGGGCCUUCUUCAUCUUCAGUAAAGGCUUCUGCAAAACUAAAGCAGCUGGAGGAUGAAAAUGAGGAUGCCAUGUUUGUGUUUCUUUCUGAUGUAUGGCUGGACCAAGCAGAAGUACUGGAAAAGCUUCACACAAUGUUUUCAGGUUAUUCCUCUGCACCUCCAACUUGCUUUUUCUUUUGUGGGAAUUUUUCCUCUGCACCAUAUGGGAAAAGCCAAAUUCAGUCACUGAAAGGUUCUUUGAAGGCUCUUGCAGAUAUUAUAUGUGAACAUCCCAGCAUUCUUAAAAGCAGUCGAUUUGUGUUUGUUCCUGGCCCUGAAGACCCCGGACCUGGUUCUAUUUUACCAAGGCCUCCCCUGGCUGAAAACAUUACUGAGGAGUUCAGACAGCUGGUGCCAUUUUCAGUUUUCACCACAAAUCCUUGCAGGAUUCAGUACUGCACCCAAGAAAUAAUUAUCUUCCGUGAAGAUCUGGUAAACAAAAUGUGCAGAAACUGUGUCCACUUCCCUAGCAGCAACAUGGACAUUCCCAACCAUUUUGUAAAGACAAUAUUGUCACAGAGCCAUCUGACACCACUGCCUCUGUAUGUCAGCCCUGUGUACUGGGCCUACGACUACUCCCUGAGGGUCUACCCUGUGCCAGACAUGCUCGUCAUUGCAGACAAAUAUGACCCAUUCACUGUCACCAACACUGACUGUCUCUGCAUAAACCCUGGUUCAUUUCCAAGAAGUGGAUUUUCCUUCAAGGUAUUCUACCCCUCCAACAAGACAGUUGAAGACAGCAAGCUUCAGGGGCUCUGAAUUUCUGCAAGACUGAGAAAAAGGAGUGAGCCUCUGCAGAGCCAGCUGUAGCACUCAUAGGUGGAUUGAUUUUAGGAUGUAUUCCAGGCUGUUUGUAACAAAUGCCAAAGCCCCAAAUGAUGUAUUUUGUACACAAAUAAACUUUUACA